AUGGUAAUGUGUCAGAAGAAGAGUACACAUCACAUAUUGCUGGGAAAGAUCGAGCAAGAACUGAAAAAGAUAAUGAUAAAGGAAAAUCCCAAAGAGGUUAAAGAAGCCCAUUGGGAGGUACUUGCCGAAGCCAUGGUAGAAAAUUCACUGAUUGCAACCGGAGAACUUGUGAGGUCGAAUAGGAAUUAUGAAAAAUUAUGGAUGCAGACUGCCAACAAACUGAAUUCGUCAGAACUGGGCACUAGAACUACGGAGAAGUGGCAGAAAAAAAGGACUGAUUAUAAAUAUAAUUUGAGAAGGAAAGCAGCCGAAAUCAGAAACAGAAUGUAA